AUGUCUUUGAUGUACCCAACAUUUUGUCUCAUCUAUGUCAUAACAGCAAUAUCAUCAACAUUUUCGGCAUCGACUGCGCAUCCUCAUUCAAGUCAGGUGACGACGUCAUUGAAUCAAAGUUCUGAGAGUUCUAAUUUAACGAACACGCAUGAAAACAUAAGUCAUACCGACCAUCACCACCAUGUCGAAGUUUUCGAAAUCCGUUAUCAUGAUAUCAGGGAACCCUUCCUUUUUACUGUGGUAGUUUUGGUAGCAGCUAUUAGCAAAAUAGGUUUCCAUUAUGCCAACAAACUCUCUUCUAUAGUUCCCGAAUCAUGUCUCCUCUGUAUCAUCGGGACAGUAUUUGGCGCCGUUAUAUAUCUGACCGGAUCUGGGGGAGAUUUACGAGCUUUCUUUACCCCGGAUACUUUUUUCAACUACUUACUACCUCCAAUCAUCCUAGAAUCUGCAUUUUGUUUGUACGAUAGAGCGUUUACCGAUAACAUAGGAACCAUCCUGAUAUUUGCAGUCUUUGGGACUAUAGCAUCAUGUAGUCUAGUUGGUCUGUCGCUGAUUGGACUACAGUCCAGUGGUACAAUGGAAUACAUUGCGUCCCCUGUUCAGUUGCUGGUUUUCAGUGCUCUUAUUGUUGCUGUUGAUCCUGUUGCUGUCCUCGCUGUGUUCAACGAAGUUGGGGUCAAUAGGGUGUUGUAUUUCCUGGUUUUUGGAGAAUCACUACUCAACGAUGGAGUCACAGUUGUCCUGUAUAACGUCCUACAAGCAUACAACCUCAUCUUGAAGGAAAGGGCGAUCACUCUUGAGGACAUCCUGCUUGGUGUUGUGAAGUUCUUCGUGGUGUGCUUUGGAGGUCUUGCUAUUGGUUUAAUUGUUGGUGUGCUUUGUUCUCUGUUGACAAAGUACACGAAUACUACAAAAGUAAUAGAGCCUGUCGUUAUAUUCGGAAUGGCCUACACUGCCUUUUUGGUAGCGGAGAUGUUUCAUUUUUCCGGAAUUAUCAGUUUGAUUGGUUGUGGCCUGAUACAGAUGGCUUAUUCACUUCCAAACCUUACUAAUAAAUCACAGAUCACCGUGAAGUUCUUCUCUCGUGUACUCAGCACGACCAGCGAGAUUAUCAUAUUUCUUUUCCUGGGACUACUGGUGGUGCGCCCAGUUAGCUGGAGUACAGCUCUAACACUAUGGACGGUUUUACUGAUCACUGGCUUCAGAUUUCUAGUGAUGUUCACCUUUUCCUCCCUCAUCAAUCGUUUUGACAGACACAGCGUCAGAAAAAUCCGCUAUGACGAAAUGUUUAUCAUGAGUUACGGCGGUAUCCGCGGGGCAGUAUGUUUCUCUUUGGUUGCUCUCCUGGACGAAGACGCUUUUCCAAUGAAAGACAUGUUCGUUACAUCAACCCUUUUCGUCAUCUUUUUCACCGUCUUUAUUCAGGGAUCAACCAUAAGGCCGUUCGUGACAUUGUUACGAGUCAAACUUGCAUCCAAAUCUGUUGAAACAUCACUUGUCGAGGAAGUAAUGAGUCACGUAAACGAUCAUGUGCUUGCAGGUAUUGAAGAGAUCAUUGGGAACGAAGGCAAAAAUUCAAUGAGGGAAUGGUUUUACCAUUGGGAUGAGAAAUACGUCCGUUCUAUUCUACUAAGGGACCACGACCUAAACGAAGUGCAGUAUGAGAUUCUACAAUGUUACGAGAAACUUGUCAUGAAAGAGCAUUACAAAAAUUUACAUAUGAGCGGCGCAAAGAACUUGCCAAAAGCUGCAGACACACUGAGGAACGUAGACAGUACAGCAAUCAUAAGACAGAUACGUAGAAAUAGUAUCUUGCCUGUAGACGUUUUACAUAAAGUAGACGAAGAUGAAACGGCAUCUGAAAACUCCGACGUGAAAUUCACUGUGGAUCCAUCGCCUGCGUCCCCAAUGCAGUUACGGAAGUUUCUUGAUAAAAAUGCCCAACAAAGGCGACCAAGUUUAACGAUGAAUAUAUAUGGGUUCAGCAAAUCAUCUGUCUUAAAAAUGGAUGACCGUCGUAAAAUGCGUCGUCCCAGUAUUACUUUGCUUGAGCAACAGUGGACGAACAAACGGAAUACCAAUAUACGACUACAAAGUACUACCUUUAUGAAGAACAAAUGGGAACGUCCUAAAUCUUGGUCAGGAGAAGAUGCUGCAAUUGCCAAAGAACGAGGAAAGGAGGAGAUGCCAGAACAACGCAGGCGCGCCAUGACCGUUGAUGUUGACCCAACUACUGCAAGGAACACUCGCUCACGACUCUAUGAUUUCACGAACAAACCAAUUAUGGAGUCGUUGGAUGAACAAGUUGGCAUGGAAACAGAUAAUAUGUCAGAGGUAGAUCCUCUCCUAUCUUCUGACAGAAAGCAAGAAGAUAAGGAUGACAAGGGAGGUCAUUCGUCAUGCAAUUCGAUACGUGGGAUAUCUGAUCAGAAUGAAAAUAUAGGACUGAUCAAUGUUGAGCACAUAGCAGACAAAGACAAUAUAGAACCAUUCUGUAGCAGAUCAAACUCAAACGAGUCACAGGGAUAUCUGAUACGACAGAACGCGUUAUUUGUGGAAGAAUACCUACCAUUAAAUGAUAAUGUUUACUUAGAAGAUGAA